GAGCCGAAGGAUCAGUGACAGUGCUGGGCGCAACUCGAGGUUCUGGGACACAUAGCGGAGCAUUUUCUCUUUCGAUCCCGUCACGGCACCACCAUUAUUAUAAGGCCAGCACCGCCAGCGCGCGCACGCCGAGUUAAAGCAGCGAGAUAAUGCGCGGUUAUUAAUUAGCGGUGCGGGAUUGUCGAUCGUGCGCCUCCGCACAGCCACCUCACUUGGACCGAAUCAUUGACUAGUAAUUAGUGCGGUGUCACCAACUACUUCUGCACCACAACCCCGAUCCCUGCGAUUCAUGUCUGUUUCCUUACUCCUCUGCCGAGUGAAUUACAGUCGCUGCUUUCCAGCCCCUUCUGCUGUUUUGCGGCGUUUUUGAACAUUUCGGGCGAUUUUUCCCUUUUUUUGCUGGUGGACCUUCCUCACCAUGAACAAGUUGUACAUCGGCAACCUGAGCGAGAAUGUCACUUCGGAGGACUUGGAGAAAGUCUUCGAGGACUGUAAGAUACCCUUCUCCGGGCAGUUCCUGCUCAAGAGUGGCUAUGCGUUCGUCGACUGUCCGGAUGACCACUCGGCUAUGAAGGCGAUUGAAACGUUCUCCGGUAAAGUGGAACUGCAUGGCAAAUGUAUUGAGGUCGAGCAUUCUGUCCCCAAGAAGCAAAGAACCAGGAAGCUCCAGAUCCGGAACAUUCCGCCACAUCUGCAGUGGGAAGUUCUGGAUGGACUGCUGGCACAGUUUGGAGCCGUGGAGAACUGUGAACAAGUGAACACUGACAGCGAGACGGCGGUGGUGAAUGUGACCUACGGGACCCGGGAACAGGCCCGGCAAGCCGUUCAGAAGCUCAACGGUCACCAGCUGGAGAGCAACACCCUGCGGGUCUCCUACAUCCCCGAUGAGACGUGUGCCGACAACGGGCGACACCCCGGCUAUGGGCCCCAUGGUGCCCCCCGGCACGGCUCUCCAGUUCCGCCCAAGCAUCAGCACACAGAGGUGCCCCUGCGCCUGCUCGUUCCCACCCAGUACGUGGGGGCCAUCAUCGGGAAGGAAGGCGCCACCAUCCGCAACAUCACCAUGCAGACACAGAGCAAGAUCGAUGUCCACCGUAAGGAGAACGCUGGUGCCGCCGAGAAGCCUAUCAGCAUCCACUCGACCCCUGAGGGCUGUUCUGCCGCCUGCAAGAUGAUCCUGGACAUCAUGCAGCAGGAGGCCAAGGACACCAAGACGGCAGAUGAGGUGCCCUUGAAGAUCCUGGCCCACAACAACUUUGUUGGGCGACUCAUCGGCAAGGAGGGACGCAACCUGAAGAAGGUGGAGCAGGACACAGGAACCAAGAUUACCAUAUCUCCGCUGCAGGAUCUGACCCUGUACAACCCCGAGAGGACCAUCACUGUGAAGGGCUCUGUGGAGGCAUGCUGCCUGGCUGAGCAGGAGAUCAUGAAGAAGGUGCGCGAGGCCUACGACAACGACGUUGCCGCCAUGAACCAACAGACCCAUCUGAUCCCAGGACUCAACCUCAGCGCACUGGGGCUCUUCCCCCCAUCCGCAUCGGUGCCACCCCCACCCAUUGGGAACGCUGUCUCUGGCGCCCCCUACAGCCCAUUCGGAGCCCCGGAGAUUGAGACAGUUCACGUUUACAUCCCAGCCCAGGCUGUGGGCGCCAUCAUUGGGAAGAAGGGGCAGCACAUCAAACAGCUGAGCCGCUUCGCCGGGGCCUCCAUCAAGAUCGCACCGGCAGAGAGUCCUGACUCCAAGAUGCGCAUGGUCAUUGUGACUGGACCCCCUGAGGCCCAGUUCAAGGCUCAGGGCAGGAUCUACGGCAAGCUGAAGGAGGAGAACUUCUUUGGGCCCAAGGAGGAGGUGAAGCUGGAGACUCACAUCAAGGUGGCUGCAAGCGCUGCUGGAAGAGUCAUCGGAAAGGGGGGCAAGACGGUGAAUGAGCUUCAGAACUUGACAGCAGCUGAGGUGGUGGUCCCACGUGAGCAGACCCCUGACGAGAACAACCAGGUUAUUGUCAAGAUCACGGGACAUUUCUAUGCAAGCCAGCUGGCGCAGAGGAAGAUCAGGGACAUUCUCAUGCAAGUCAAGCAGCAGCAGCAGAAAGGAGGCAUAGCCGGGGGGCAAGGAGCACACCUGGCGAACCCUGGGGAGCAGGACCUGGCACAGGGCCCCCCAUCUGCCCACAGAAAGUGAGGGCGCAAGCCUUUGUCCAGCCCGGUGUCAGCAGGCAGAGAGUGCAGGAGCCCAACAC